AUGGAUAGCAGUAUUGAGUUAAUGUUGUUACGAAGAAUGUGGUGUAUUAAGGUGAUAGACGACGUAGACACGUUGAUGCAGAGUUUGGUCCAGAAGGUGAGUACUAAGGAAGUCAAGGAGGAGGAAUCAAAAGAGAUCUACGUGUCACCCAAAUCACUCUUGGGUCAGAUGAUCCAAAGAGUAGUCACUGAUUAUAACAUACUACUGUUUGAAGAGUCCCUGAUACUUUUUGAAGCCUUUUUGGAGUACAGGAGUCCGACUAAGGAAUACUAUAUAUCAAUUGAGGAUCCAGACCAUCUAGAAGCAUCAGCCAUUAAUUUAAGCAAAACUUCGGAGACUGUUUCAAAGGAUGAACGACUCUUUAACGACUUGAAUACUCAAUUACAAGAUAUAUUGGGUAUUUCUAUUAAUACUAUUCUGGAAGGAACCGAAUUACCAAGUACCUUGAAACGGAAUUUGAUAUGUGUUCCUAAGAAUGACUUGCAGGGGCUUAUUAAUAAGCAGAUCUCUUUACUUGAAACAUAUGGCACCCCAACACCACCACGAUUACGAGCCAUAAUGACUCUUAUGGCAUCUCCAAGUUCAAAUACCAGUUCAAUUGGAAACAUUGGGUAUAAUAAUUAUCCUAGUUAUUAUUUUCUCAAAUAUCUUGAGAACCUAAAGGAAUCCAAUUAUACCGGAGCUUUCGAUUCUUUGUAUCAAUAUUUUGAUUAUAUGGUAUCGACCAAUUCCAAAUAUUUUUAUCAUUUUGCAUUGAUUGCAAGAGCAAGUUUCCAUCAAUAUUUUGGUGAAGAUAUGAAAGUAUUGGAAGCCAUAGAAGAAGCAAUUUCUGUUGCUAGAGAGAAUAAAGAUAACAGCACACUAACUUACAUUAUUUCCUUUUUAUUCAAUUUCAUGAUGAAUAGACCAAACCUUUGGAAGAAACAAAGUUUCUAUAAUAAUAAUAAUAACGAAGGCCAAUUGUUGGAAUUUUUGGUUAAGAAAUCUCUGACCAUAUCUUCACAUAUGCAAGCUUUAAGUUAUCAAUUUGAAGUGUUACAUCAACUCAAUAAUGGUGGAGUGAUGUCAAAGUAUUUGGAGAGUUUAUUAAAAGCUGGAUAUGUUUCUAUUCAUGAGAAUAAGGCAACAUUUAUCAAGUCUCUUGAGAUAGCAUCUACCAUGUGGAAUAGAAUAUGUGUUCCCGAACUCAGUGAUGUUUAUGGUACAUUAGCCAUGUCAUUAUGUGAGAAAUGGGAAGAUAAGAUCUCCUUAAAAAUGAGAAAUUAUCACUUACAAAUGCAAAGAGGUAACGUGGACCAUGCCUUGAGGGACUUAGAAGCAUUGAAACUUGAGGUGGGCAAUCGAGAUAUAUCAUUACGGGAUUCUAUUGAAGUUCGAAGAUUAAUAAUGGAGAUAAGAUCCAAUUUAAUGAAGGGAAGAGUUCAUUACAGUAAACAAUUGUUGGAUACUAUCAACAAAUACUAUAAUCCUAAAGAAUUGGAUCUUGUUAAUGAAAUCCUAUUAUUAACUAUUGAAGUGAAUAUUUAUUCGGAGAAUUAUACUCAAGCAUUAAAGUUAAUAGUAGAGAAAGUCAAUGAUGAUUUCAAUAAUAUCCCCAGUCUAAAUACUUAUUCCAUGAGUCGUCUUAAUAUUAUGAAGUGUCGGAUAUACUUCACCACUGGCAAUGGGAGUAAAGUAUUAAGGUUAGUUAUACUGCAGAUCCAACAAACCCAAAAAUACGGCUAUACUUAUUUAUUCCUUGAAUGUGUGCUUUUACUCAUUGGGAUACUUUAUGAAAUGAACCAACUUGAGGAGUGUACAUCAGUGUUGAAUGACGUGAUGCCUCUGGUUCUUAGUUCCGAAAGCAAUGUACUUAUUUCCAGAUGCUAUUAUUUACUGGCACGAGUAGCUGGAGCAAACUAUAUGGCUACAGGGGAUACCUAUUGGCUUACUAAGACAUUAAAGUAUUUGAAUGGGAGUAUACUUGGAUAUAAGGAAUUAGGAGAUGUUAAUUCAUUAGCGGAAUGUUUCAAUCUUCAGCUUGAAAUAGCUCAGCAUCGACAAGACUCAAUAUUAGUAGAGCAUGCAAGGGAAUCAUUAACCAAAGUUGACUUGCGAACAGAACAAGCAUCAAGUUUAGGGUUUAUUUAA